AGGGUUCGCUUACCAGAAUGCGAGAGGGGCAGUUUGAUCUUUUCAAGAGGUGACCGAGAUAUUUUCCGGGAUGCAAAAGUAAUUCUCUAACAUAAAAUCCCCGCAGAAGGAGUUUUUACUUUUUACCCUCUUCUUAUACAUAUUGAGUUGUCCGACUUAUCAUAAAGUCACAGUAUAAGAGGGCAGGUCCUAAGGCAAACCCAUCCCCGCGCCCUGGCCCUUCCUCUCCCAGCUCUGUGUUCUACCCCUUUUUUCUUUUUUAACCAUUUUCUUUUAUCAAUAUACCUAUUUUUUUUGUUAGGUUUUCAAUCUUUUUACCAAUUUUCUUGUUUUUAAUCCAAAAUAUCCCAGAGCUUCAAGGGUUAGGAGGUGUUGAUUCAGUCCAAUAUUAACCUUCUCGUGUAAUUUCAAUCCUUUCUUGUUAUUACUGUUGUUGUUUUGCUUUUCUUGCCAUAGAUUUAGGGUUUCGAGUAUAUUUUCAUACUUUCUAUCAAUUAAUAGUGAUUUCGUUUAAGAACCAAGAAAAUAGCAUAAAAAUUUGUCAGAUUUUAGAAAUGGAAAAGAAAAAAGUUACGGUACCUCUUGUUUGUCACGGUCACUCUCGUCCAGUUGUUGAUCUCUUCUACAGUCCUGUUACUCCCGAUGGUUUCUUCCUCAUAAGCGCAAGCAAAGAUGCUAGUCCUAUGCUGAGGAAUGGAGAGACUGGAGAUUGGAUUGGAACAUUUGAAGGGCACAAAGGUGCGGUUUGGAGUUGUUGCUUGGAUGCUAAUGCUUUGCGGGCAGCAACCGCUUCGGCUGAUUUCUCAACCAAAGUUUGGGAUGCAUUAACGGGCGACGAGUUACAUUCUUUCGAGCAUAAGCACAUUGUUAGAGCAUGUGCUUUUUCUGAGGAUACUCACCUUUUGCUCACUGGGGGAGCUGAGAAAAUUCUCCGAAUUUAUGAUUUGAAUCGGCCCGAUGCACCACCCAAAGAAGUGGAUAAAUCCCCCGGUUCAGUCAGGAGUGUUGCAUGGCUUCAUAGUGACCAGACAAUAUUGAGUUCAUGUACUGAUAUGGGAGGCGUCAGGCUAUGGGAUGUAAGAACUGGUAACAUAGUUCAGACACUUGACACCAAGUCGCCUAUGACUAGUGCUGAAGUAAGUCAGGAUGGUCGUUAUAUUACAACUGCCGAUGGUUCAACUGUUAAGUUUUGGGAUGCAAAUCACUAUGGGUUGGUGAAGAGCUAUGAUAUGCCGUGCAAUGUGGAAUCAGCUUCAUUGGAGCCCAAGUUUGGGAACAAGUUUGUUGCUGGGGGAGAAGACUUGUGGGUUCAUGUGUUUGAUUUCCAUACUGGCAAUGAGAUUGCAUGCAACAAAGGCCAUCAUGGUCCUGUUCACUGUGUCCGUUUUUCUCCUGGUGGAGAAUCAUAUGCAUCAGGAUCUGAGGAUGGAACCAUCAGAAUAUGGCAGACAGGAUCAGAGGGUUUAUCACCAAAUGGAUCCCUGGAAAAGGAGAAGGCAAAUGCCGAGGAGGAUAUUUCACGCAGGAUUGAGGGUUUUCAUAUUGCAGAGGAGGCAAAAUCUAAAGGAAAGGAAGAGGCUGGGGAGGAAUUAUGAUACUAAUAAUUGCGCCCUUUUGCCUCCAAUUGUUUUGCAAUUUUAGCAUGUUAUGUGAACCAUGUGCCUUCUGAUAUACAUCAUAAUUAGUAGUAUAAACUAAAUUUUUGUAAGUUUUAGUCUGUAUUGGACAUCUACUGAAUUGACGAGCUGGUUAAGGAUAGUGAAGUUUUAUGUUUGCUUUAA